GGGGGCUAUCGCGGCAUUUCGCAUCCCUUGCUACCUCUACUCUUCCUCCACCCUUUCAUCGUCCUUGUUUCGAUCAAUACGGAUACCCUCUUUGCACCUCCUCAAUAGGUCUUGCUACCCCCACAGACACAAAAGUGUAAAACGGUUUGAAGAGUGGAAGGUGCUGAUACCCAUACAGAGAGAGGCGCUGGGAUUCUCGUCGCUCCUAUACCGGUAAAGCCUCCGUGGAUCGGAUCUUCCUUUCAUCACCGAGAGAUUCUUCUCUUCCUCCUCCUUCGCAAGGUUGCUACACUUUCUUGUUCGGCUGCUCCAACCUUGCUCGGUACUCUGGAAAGCGUCAGUGAUACUCUCCUUUACUUCCAUCGACCUACGUUGCCUGGGCUUGUGCAUCGCAGCCAAGCUCCUUAUAGCCGCCGAACCCAUAUAUUGUAGACGUACAUCAUGGCAGAACCUCUGACACCCUUUGGAGAUGCCUUGGCGGGAGCACUGGGAGCGGUGUACGCUUCUACCCUUACAUACCCCAUGGACACUGUCAAGACGCGCAUCCAAGCUGGUACCGUCUGGAAGGACCACGUGGUUCGCAAGGACGGUCCUGACGGUAAAUCCGUCACUGUGCGGAAGAAUGUCGGUCUCCUCGAUGGCAUGCUCGUCAUUGCUCGCAGUCGCGAGGGAAUCUCUGGACUGUACAAGGGUCUAGGUGCAAAUAUUGUCAAUGCCUUCAGUAUGCAAUUCGCCUACUUUUAUUGGUAUUCCUUUAUUAGGAACUUCUACCUUGCUAGACUUAUGAAGCGAAAUGGAGCCACAAAGGCUCCUGUCAUCGGUACGGCCAUGGAGCUCGCUCUGGGCGCACUAGCGGGAGCUGUUGCACAACUCUUUACGAUUCCCGUGGCAGUCAUUGCUACUCGUCAGCAAUUGUCUUCUAAAGCUCCUCCUACAGGGAGCGUCUCAUCAGACGAAGGCAAAGGGUACGGCAAGACGACCAUUAGCGGUCGGCCAGCAGGCGCAGAGCGAGAUGAGAAGAAGGACCUCACGGCCCCAUUGAAGGUGGCCGCCUCUGCUGUGUCUAGCAAGUUGGGAGAGGACGACUCCUUUGUAGGCGUCGCAAGAGAGAUCCUAAGGGAGGACGGCGUGACGGGUCUCUGGCGUGGGUUGCGCCCCUCGCUAGUCCUAACGGUGAACCCUGCCAUCACCUAUGGCGUCUUUGAGCGAGUGAAAUCUCUCCUCCUAGCCGCCUCGCCAGAAGGGACCAAACUCACACCCUGGCGCUCCUUUCUAGUCGGAGCCCUCUCCAAGACGCUAGCAACCGUAGUCACGUUUCCCUAUAUCCUAAGCAAGAUUCGACUUCAAGCCAAAAAUACACCUUACAAGGGAGCAAUUGAUGUUCUUCGUAAGAUUGCUGCAGAAAAGGGAAUUACAGGAUGGUAUCAAGGAAUGCAGGCACAGAUUAUCAAGGCGGUCAUUACACAGGCAGUCUUGUUUGUUGCUAGAGACUAUUUCACGGGUGUAGUCAGGGCGAUGAUGAAUAGGCGGAAUUUGGCACAGGUGCUACCUCAGGCAGCAGCGGCUGUAGUUGUGGGACCGACAAAGUAAGAUGGUCAGAGGGUAGAGGAGGG